GAGCCGUAGAGGGAUUUCUUAUUUCUGCUCUGGUAAAUCUGUCGCUCCAGUCAGUGAGGCAGCGAAGGGCGAGCCGCGCACCAUUGACCGUGUCCGCGCGCGCGCGCUUCUUUUUUCGUCGCUCCGCUCCGGGCUACCGCGGCUGCCCCGCGCGCGUAUGAUCCGCCGCGUCGUGCACGCGUGGCGGGACGCGGCGCGGUAUGCGAUAGUUUGCGAAUCCGAUCCUCUCGUUAUGCUCGCGGCGUCGCGUCGCUACGCUACGUUGUGCGCCGUCGUUGCCGCGUCGUUUUUUGCGCCCGUCGCCGCAUUUCCGCGGUUCCGCAUUGUAUCGAGAGAGAUCUCGAGCUCCGUCCUCCUCCGCUCCCCCUGUCCGGUUUCCGGUCGCGCAGCACGGGUUCCCGCAAGUUUCCACGAAUCGCCGUCCGCCCGCAAUUGUCCUCAACUCUGCCGCAAACGUGAUGUAGCGGCGAGCGUACGUUUAUCAAUGCCCGAUUCGACGACUCGCGUUAUUGUAUCCCUCCGUCGCUCGGUCCGGUAACUUAUCGAAUCACGCGUUUGCGGCUCACGCAACACACUCGCGAAACGGGGGACGGGUUGAGUAUCGGUAUUAUAAUGGUGUUCACUGUUGACGGUUACGUUGCAUCGAGAUUAAUCGCGUGUGCCGCGCGUACAGUCCGUUCAACCGUUAACGCGCGUUAACGUCAAGAGACAAUCGCAGAUCCUUCGAUCUCCGCACGGAUUUUCCGGUGCCAGGCACCGUCGGAUGCACCGCAAUCGGUGGUGCGCGAGCCUCGCAUCUUCUGGAUUUUCUGCCGAGUCAUGAGUUCGCGUGUGAAAAUUACCGCACUGCGCGCGACGGAGUAAAAAUCACGUGUCACGGAGGAUACGCGACGGCAGAGCCGUCCACGGAACUGACCCCCGCGUGUGCGUUUGGGCACGUUUCGUCGCGCAGCUACUUUCGCGUGAGUCGCAUGUAGCCGACGGCUGCUGGGUUACACGUCUUUCCCAUGGAUCCGAUCAUGCUAGAGAACAGCAGCACCGAACUCGGGGCGCAUCCGCAGCAGCAUCAGCACCAGCAUCAGCAGCAGCAACAGCAGCAGCAGCAGCAGCAACACCAGCAACAAUACGGAGAAGUCAAUCAACUCGGGGGCGUGUUUGUAAAUGGUAGACCGCUGCCGAACGCUGUCAGACUGAGGAUAGUCGAGCUCGCGCAGUUGGGCAUCCGACCAUGCGAUAUCUCGCGACAGCUACGCGUCAGCCACGGGUGCGUGAGCAAGAUCCUGGCGCGCUACAACGAGACAGGCAGCAUCCUGCCGGGCGCGAUCGGUGGCAGCAAGCCGCGCGUCACCACCCCGAAAGUCGUGCAGUACAUCAAGCAGCUGAAGCUGAAGGACCCCGGGAUCUUCGCGUGGGAGAUCCGGGACCGGCUGCUGUCCGACGGCGUCUGCGACAAGUACAACGUGCCGUCGGUGUCCAGUAUUUCGAGGAUACUGCGCAACAAGGUCGGCGCCACCACGGCCAUGCACCACCAUCCGCAUCACUCGGCACACCACCAUCAUCAUCAUCAUCACCACAUUUAUGCGGCCGCGGCAGCGGCCAGCGCCGCUCUCUGCCCGGUACCAUAUCCGCCGACACCUUACCACCCUACGGCGCCGUCCUCCAUCGCGCAUCAUCAUCAUCAAGUUGGGCCAUCGGCAGCGAGUAAACUGUCGUCUCCGUCGCCCACGACGGUUCACGGCGGCGGCGGCGGCGGGCAUCAGACGACGGGCAACAACGCUUUGCAGUGGCCGAGUCCUCACACGGUGCACGACAUCCUGGCCAACAGCUGCAACGUGCAGACUCCAUCGUCGCCCUCGUCGCCAACCUCGCUGUGUCCGACGAUCAACAACAACCAUCAUCACCAUCAUCAUCACCGUCAUCACAACGAGCAUUCCGCCGGCAGCAACGUUAACGAGAACAACAACGAUCACAGAACUCCAAGCGGUUACCUACACCCGCAUCAUCCUCAUCUAGCGCACCAUCAUCAUCAGCAGUAUUACGCCUCGACGCUGUACCAUCAUCAUCAUCAUCACCACGCGGAUACCGUGACGGCGGCAACCAUAUCGUCCACGCUCUCUGUACAGUCCAUCAUGUUGCAAUCGUCGGGAACGACAAGUCAGCCGGCCAGUCCCUGCAAUUAGAAGCGACGACGAAGAAUCGUGUCGCGAGACGGAGUGGUGGAUGGCAGGACGAUCAAAGUGACGAACACGUUCUGUGCGCGAAUCCUUUUAAUAUCUUUUUACCGAUGAGUAUGAUAACGGUCGGUAUGAUAACGAUCGAUAUGACGCCAAAGUAGAAGUGCGUACAAGAAUCUAGGUAGCCAAAAUCUGUUUCCACAACCUCACCGUUUUCUUUGAGCCGAAACGGCUGUGCUGGGUGGUACUUGGAUGUCGGUGAGCUGAAAGCGUACGGCUUGUGUCCGGUUGACGGCUCACGAUCUUCGGCAAACAGUGAGCGAAAGCUCGUUGAGCUAGUUGCGAAUCGAAACUUUUAAUUAAUUAAAUGGAAUUAAAAUUAAAAUUAAAUUAAAAUUUAUUCGUCUUUUUUUAAUUACUACAACUUGUGCAAUAUCGUAUAUCAAAUUUGGAUUGAGCUGAAAUCAAAAUCCAAAACUAUAUUUUUAUUAGUCAGUUGUGUUUUUUUGUUACUUAUUCUUUAAGUAUUUACGAUAUUCGCGUUCGUACGUGCUCGCACUCAUUCGCCGUUACAGUGUAUUAACAUGCGCAAGCUCCAAAUGUUUGUCCCCCGUAAGACUGUGUAGCAACAGCAAGAGCGACGGAACUAAGUGUAAUUAAUAAAUCUAUAACAAAUACGGUUUCAUCGCACGCGCAUUAUCUUCGAGAUAUUUAAAAUGCUUAUAGCUGUUACGUUCCGACAAGUAUCAAAAUAUCGAUUACUUAGCCGCGCAGACACACACGAGUCGUCUGCGAAACGAAGUGCCUUGUACGUGCCACUUUACAUUAAUGAUAAUGUUGUAAAAACUAAUCUGUAAUGCACUCGAGGAGUGAAUUAUAGCUAGAACGCGUUAGUUAGCCAUACUUCCUAUCCGUAUUUUAAUAUCCGCGUGCGAGCAGACUGUUUCUAUGAUUAACACACGUUACAACACGUUCUUGUAAAAUUCAGAAGUCUCGCGAUAGCAUUUGCGACUCCGUCACCCGACACACAGGAAUCAUUUAAUUUAUAGCGAUGUAAGAAGAUUUAUACAAUAAAUGUUAACCGUAUUAGAUAUUUACAGUAUAUUUUAAUUGACGUGAGGUUGAAUUUUUCUUACGGCCGCUUGAUCGUUACUAUGAUAAUGCGCGCGCGCAUCGAGUUAUUUGUUACCUGUCUAUGACUGAACGCAGACGCCGUUGAAAUGAUAAUUGUGACUUUAUUUUUUUUCCUUUUUGCAAUAAAAGAAGAUGUACGUGCGCGCAAAACUCUAUGCCACUUUUAUAACUUUGAUUUGAUUCACAAGGAGAGAGACAAUUGCGUUCGUAAUCUCCCAAAUUAUCAGUUACAUCGAGAAAAUACAAAAACCUGCAAUUGAUAAAGAGAAUUGAUCGUUGCAAAUUUUGUUUUAGUUAGGCAAAAUAUGACCGUUCACGAAUAUGUCCAUUAAAUUGCUAGUGAAGUAAACUUCAAAUUGCUUGUCUUCCAUUUCUUGAAACACGUUCUCAUUCACCUUGCAGCUGCACGUUUCACGCAUACCCUAGGAACGUUUAAUAUUUAUUUGUCAUGUAAUGACCUCGAACAAUCCAACUCGGAAGAUACAUCAAAUUGUUUUAUCGAAUUCAAAUUUCUACAAAUUAAUUUGAUUCUAAAAUUGGAUGAGAAAAUUUUGACUCAUUUACAGAUGCGAUGACGAUGGUUUUUUAGUUUUUCCCAAACGUUUGAAAAGCUCGAAAAGGUCCGUCUGCUAAAUAUCGAGCGCUUAUCGUUGAUCAAUCGAUUAAUUGCUUUUUAAUUCAUCGUCCGAGAUUUCUUUGAUCAGCUCGAACGAGUAGGAUAGAGGAUGUCGCGGUUCGGCUUGUGCAAUUUCACCGAACCAAUGUCUUCUACCUCAAUCUUAAACUCCCUGAACUCGAUCCUCUAAUCCCCGCCAAAAA